CAAAUUGUCUCUUUACUGUGAACGCCUUAUAGAUCUUUCCAACUAUUUAGUUGACAAUGCACACAUAAUCAAUCACAACCUAAAUUAUGUACCUGAUCAGACUGCUUUAUAAUUACAGGAAGCUGCGAUUGAUUAAACAUCGAAUCAUUCAAGUCAGCUUGAUAAUUGGAACAUGAUACAGAUGAGAAAGAUUAAACGGAAUAUUGAAAUUUCUACGUUUGAUUACAUCUGUAUGUAAACCAACAGAUGUUAGAAUAGAAGGCUUUUAUUUUAAUAUUGUUGAUAAAUAUUCAUCUUGUCAGAUAUUAUGGAUGUAAACAUGAAAAUAUUCACCAUCAUUACCAUGAUUACGGAAACCUAAAGAAAUACUGUCGUCAGAGGUCUGAAUGAGUGACAUACAUCUAAAACAUGCAUGAUGCUCAUAAAUGUUCAUUGAAGCAUAUGCUCUGUCUGCUUGGCUUUCAUCUACUGAACACAAGCGGUGAUCGAGUUCCAGACGAGCAGUUGUUAUUCCAAGAUUUGAUGGUAGGAUAUGAGAAGUCAGUUCGUCCAGUAGUCAACUCAUCGUCAGUCUUAACUGUAACAAUAGGUCUAAAGCUCAACCAAAUCGUAGACUUGGAUGAAAGACAUCAAGUCUUAACAACGAAUGUGUUUAUUGAUCAGGAAUGGAGAGAUGAACAUUUAAUGUGGGAACCUGUUCAGUAUAACAAUGUAAAGUCGCUACGAAUACCGACUAAACAAGUGUGGUUACCAGAUACGUUUAUAUACAACAAUGCUGAUGACGGCUCCACUGGAUUUAUGCAGGGAACAUACAUACUAGUGACUUAUGACGGGACAGUUUUAUGGCCAGUCCCAGUUAAACUAAAGAGUUCCUGUAAAGUUGAUAUAACAUAUUUUCCUUUUGAUGACCAAGAAUGCAUACUCCGUUUUGGUUCAUGGAUUUAUAGCGGAAAGUGGAUGGACUAUCAGUCUAUAAGUAAUACAACUCCAAUAGACCUCACCUCUUAUGUCAACAACAGUGAAUGGGACCUGUUAUCGGUCACACUACGUAAAAAUAUCCGUCGACACUCCUGUUGUCCUGAUCCCCAUCCAGAUCUUACCUAUAUUUUACAUAUCAGACGUAAAACAUUUUACUACAUAUUCAAUAUUAUUGUUCCAUGUGUAAUGCUAUCAAUACUGACUUUAUUGACAUUUUGGCUGCCACCUACUUCUGGUGAAAAGAUCACACUUGGGCUAUCUGUUUUCCUAGCUUUUUCCAUGUUUAUGCUUCUAAUAGCCGAGGAAGUACCUGCAACAUCUGAAGCUGUACCACUCAUAGGAAUAUACCUUUGUGUUGUUAUGACAAUGACUUCUUUGUCUGUAAUAAUGGCAGUUAUGGUUAUCAACCUUUACAAUCGUGGAAUAAAAACUAAACGAGCACCUAUGUGGUUAAGGAUAUUUGCUUUAAGAUGGAUGUCAAAACCACUAUUACUUAAGCAUGAUCUGUAUAAGAUUGCCAGUUCCAUAUCUCUUGAAGAAGAAAAAGAGGGUUUAUAUCUAUGUAAAAAGCACAAAAUUCAAAAUCAAAAACCUUCGAGAUGGAAAUCAGUAUCAGACGAAAAUCAAAUUAUGGUUCCGUCAUCGUCCUCAGUUAGAUUUAGGAAUAGAGGCAAGUCAGAAACUGCAUCAAAUGAGGCAGACGUUGAACUAGAAGAAACAAUUUGGCUUAAAAAUGACGAAAUUCACGAACAUUCAAGUCAGUUGAGAGAAACAGAGUAUACCACAAAUCGGUCAAUUAACAAUAAUAAGAAGGAAUCAAAAUUUAUUGAAUCAAAUACACAAAUAAAGGAGGUUGCUAUAAGACCAGAUGCUGAAGUUGAGCUAAAUCUAAACGCUAUUCAGUGUAAAACGCGUAACGAAUUAGUAAAAAGAAAAUUUAUUGUAGCAGAAUGGCAGAGGAUAGCCACAGUUGUCGAUAGGGUAUUAUUUUGGUUCUAUUUUCUUGGGACGUUAGCAUCAUAUCUUAUAAUACUAGUUUUUGUACCAAACUCAAAAUAUUCAGAAUGGAGUGAUGCGAUAGAUGGUGUUAACGAUAUUGAUAUGGAUACAAAGUGAUUGACAGUUAAAUCAUACGUUUUUACACUAUAACGAUAAAAGAUAAACCAAUUAAAGAAUUUAAAUUUCUGAA